AAUAAAACGUGAAAAGCGAUAGUCUUGGCUAUCUACACGAUCCCCACAAUCCAGCGUGCAUUCAUUUCGCAACAAAACCAAAACUUCCAAUUCCAAAAUUCCCUCUUUAACGUUCUUCCUUUCCGUUACACAACAACAACACCACCCCCAAAAUCAAAUCCAAUACUUCAACCAAACCCACUCAAAUCAAAUUUCACACUUCAUCAAUCAAACAUGGCUGGCUACAGAGCUGAUGACGAGUACGAUUACCUCUUCAAACUCGUCCUGAUCGGCGAUUCCGGAGUUGGAAAAUCCAACUUGCUUUCUAGGUUCACCAGAAACGAGUUCAAUUUGGAAUCCAAAUCUACUAUUGGCGUUGAAUUCGCUACCAAAAGCUUGAAUGUUGAUUCCAAAGUUAUUAAGGCUCAGAUUUGGGACACUGCUGGUCAAGAAAGAUACCGUGCCAUUACUAGUGCUUACUACCGAGGAGCUGUUGGUGCCUUACUUGUCUAUGAUGUCACACGCCGUGCUACAUUUGAGAAUGCUGCCAGAUGGUUGAAAGAGUUGAGAGAUCACACAGACCCCAACAUUGUGGUCAUGCUUAUUGGAAAUAAGUCGGAUCUCCGACACCUUGUCGCUGUACCCACAGAAGAUGGAAAAUCUUUUGCAGAAAGAGAGUCUCUCUACUUCAUGGAGACUUCUGCUUUGGAAGCAACCAAUGUUGAGAAUGCAUUCAGUGAGGUUCUUUCUCAGAUAUACCAUAUAGUGAGCAAGAAAGCAGUCGAAGCUGGUGAAAGUGGCAGUUCCUCUGCAGUCCCAUCUAUAGGACAGACAAUUAACGUAAAAGAGGAUUCUUCGGUUUUCAAGAAAUUUGGAUGCUGCUCGAACUAGAUGCUUCAUGUAUGGCAUUUGGUUUGGAUAGCCUGUGUCAUCUUGUAAAUGUCUGUGCGAGAUCUGGGAUUUCAACUUGUAGCAUACUGCUAGUCUUACAUAUUAUUUUGGAUAAUGUUUAAAGCAUCAUGGAUAUGCAGGAUUUGUUUUUCUUAUAGCGGUUUUCUUAAGUUGUGCUUGAAACAAAUAGGGCUACCAAAAUUCAUAUAGGUUAAGUUUCAUUUGCAGGAUUUUGAUACUUGCUAUGGUGCAGCAAAUAACAGUUUGAAUAUCAUUUUGUUAGAAUCAUAAAAUUGAAACCAUUGUGUUUAUUUUUGUUA